AAAUUUCUGAGGCGUGCCGCGUUUGGAGGAAGCACAAAGCUGGAGUGGUUUAGGUCGCAGCAGAUCAUUAUCCCCCUAAAAAAUAACUACCACCGCCACCGUUAUAGGGUACUACUCUGAAAAAGUAAAACAGCAAGGUUGUUGUGUUGUUGCAUGUACUUUUGUGUGUUGUUAUGUCAAGUUUCCAAAAUAGAAAUCACAAUCUGUACUCCUAGGCCGCUCUUUCUCCUUAACCCCCCCCAAAUCCCUCAACUGUGUCCGUAAGCCUGUGAUCAAUGAAACCUGUUUAAAGUUUAUUCCAACUCUGAAACUUUUCUUUGCCAAGAUCAGAAGAUCUGGUCUUACCUUCCUCCCUCUCUCUCUUAUUCCUCUGCUUCAUUUAUUCACAUGAACCCUGUGUUCGUCAUCUCAUUUGGAUUAUUAUAGCUUCGUUUUUCUUCACGGGGAGAUAGAAGGAAGUUCCCAAAACUCGAGCACAUCUGGGAAGUUCAAGCAGAGUAUGCACUGUUAGGAAAUGGGGAGGAAAGGGAGUUGGUUUUCUGCAGUGAAGAAAGCCCUCAACCCUGAAUCCAAGGAAAAGAAAGAUCAGAAAUUCAAGUCAAAGAAAAAAUGGCUUGGGAAAAACAAGAAUGUGGAAGAGGAUUAUGAGGAAAAUGUAGACCACUUGAAAAAUGCAGAUCAUGUGGAAAACGUAGACCAUGUGGAUCAUGUGGUAUCUUCCAAGGAAGAAUCUGCAUUUGUGAUUCCCACUUCUUUUGCGCCACCUCCUCCUCCACCACCUCUUCCUACUCUUCCUCCAAUAAAAGAGAAGUUAGAGGAGGGUGAGGAUUCACAGAGAACCUCUCUUGCUCUAAAGGAAGAUUUCGAAUUACUGGAGGCAGAGGAUGCUCAGAGCAAGCAUGUUUACUCUGUGGCGGUCGCCACAGCAAUGGCUGCAGAGGCGGCUGUUGCUGCUGCUCGGGCUGCCGCAGAGGUUGUACGUCUCACUGGGCUGACUCAUUUCCCGGGGAAAUCUUUGGAGGAGGUAGCAGCCAUCAAGAUCCAGACGGCAUUCCGAGGGCACUUGGCAAGGAGGGCAUUACGGGCUUUGAGAGGGUUGGUGAGGUUGAAAUCAUUGGUAGAGGGUCAAUCUGUUAAACGCCAGGCGACUACCACAUUAAAAUGCAUGCAGACCGUUGCUCGUGUACAAUCUGAGAUUCGUGCAAGGAGGAUUAGAAUGUCUGAGGAGAAUCAGGCGCUUCAGCGACAGAUUCAACAGAAACAAGAGAAAGAGUUGAAAGAGAUGGAGAAACACAGAGUUGCUUCUAUUGGAGACAACUGGAACCAUAGCCCCCAAUCUAAGGAGGAGGUUGAGGCAAAGCUACAGAGCAGACAAGAGGCUGCUAAGAGAAGAGAAAAGGCCUUGGCUUAUUCAUUCUCUCAUCAGAGGAUGUGGAAGAACUCUUCGAAAUCUCAACAUCCUACGUUCAUGGAUCCCAGCAAUCCCCACUGGGGUUGGAGUUGGUUAGAGAGAUGGAUGGCUGCAAGACCAUGGGAGAGCCAAAGCACAUCAGACUACAAUGACCGGGCCUCCUUGAGGAGUGCAGCAAGCCGUGCAUCAAUGUCAGUUGCGGAAAUCACCAAAGCUUAUGCUCUUCGUGAUGUCCACCGCGAUAACAAGCCUCCUUCCCCAACUGGCCAAAAAUCAAGCCGGCCUCCCAGUCGCCAAUCCCCUUCAGCUCUUACCAAGACACCAUCUUCAUCAUGGAGAACCCCAAAAAAGAAUGGGUCAGGCAGGGACGAGGACUCCAGAAGUACUUACAGUGUGCAGUCGGAGCGAUUCAACAGGAGGCAUAGCAUUGCAGGGUCCUCAGUAAGAGAUGAUGAGAGCCUUGCAAGCACGCCUUCAGUUCCUUCUUCAAAAAGAUACCUGACACCCACAAGCUCAACGAAGACAAGGUCACGACUGGCAAGCCCGAGCUCAUCGGGGUUAGAAAAGAACAGGACACCAACACCAGACAAGGGAUCGUCACCAUCAGUCAGUUCUGUGAAGAAGCGGCUGUCUUACCCUGCUUCCCCUGCUGGACGAAGGAGGCACUCGGGUCCUCCUAGGGUCGGCAGUAGCUCCCCUAAGGGUGCAGCUCACACAGAGAAGAAAGUUAGCAAUGGUUGGGGAAGCAAAUAGUGUUCAGUCCAGCUAGUACUGUGCAUGUACAAAUAAUAACAAGCAUGUACUAUAUAGGUAGAUGUUGAGGUGAAGAAGAUUGAAUAAAAGAUGAGUGGAUGGGCUUUGUUAGAGUGGUGGCGAAGGAAGACAGAAAAUGAAAAUAGUUUACGAUCUGAUCAGUUGUCUUCAUCAUCAUUGUCAAAAUCUUUUUUUCUUCUCAGUUACCUCUUCUUGUUAUAGAGCUUGUUAUUUAUGAGUAGAAUGGGUUUGGGGGUACCGGAAAGGCGAUUUCUUUAGUUGUGUGCAGAUUGCUGUGGUCCUGUGGAUUCCUCAUUUGGUUCUGUAGUUCUGUCGAUUGCUGUUCCUGUGGUUACAGUGGUUCUGUUUGUUAAGUAAUCUGGGUUCUUCCGUUUGUACUGAGAACUCUUGAGAUUGUACGAAGAACUUGGUGGUUAUGAACCGUUUGCAUUUGGCCCCUUAUCAAUGAAAAAAACUAUGAAGAUCAUUUGUUCC